GUCGCCUUAGAAAGCCAGGUGGGUGCGGGCGGAGAGAGCGGCGAGCGGAUUGGGCGGCGCGGCGGCGGCGGUUCCGGCCAUGCGGCGCCGGGCGCGGUCCCAUCAUGGCGGGACGGAGAUAAGGAGCCCAGCAUAAGUCUGAGACUGCUGUAGUACAAUCUCCAGAAUUUGACACCUUUCCUAGUGAAUGUUCUUAUCUUCCAGAAAAGAUGGUUCAACAAGUUCCAGAAAACAUAAGUUUUCCAAAUGAGGAAGAGAAGAUAUUGAAGCUCUGGAGAAAUCUGAAUUGUUUCCAAGAAUGCCUGAAGCAAUCGAAGAACAGACCUAGGUUUAACUUCUACGACGGCCCCCCCUUUGCUACUGGGCUCCCCCACUAUGGCCACAUCCUGGCAGGAACCAUCAAAGACAUCGUGACCAGGUUUGCUCAUCAGAGUGGUUUUCACGUGGACAGAAGGUUUGGCUGGGAUUGCCAUGGCUUACCUGUGGAAUAUGAGAUUGACAAGACCUUGGGCAUCAAAGGGCCGGAGGACGUGGCCAAGAUGGGGAUUGAAUCCUACAACAACCAGUGCAGAGGGAUCGUGAUGAGAUACGCCAAGGAGUGGGAGUUCAGUGUUACCAGAUUAGGACGGUGGAUUGAUUUUGAAAAUGAUUAUAAAACUCUGUAUCCCGAGUUCAUGGAGUCUGUGUGGUGGGUUUUCAAGCAGCUGUAUGACAAAGGACUGGUGUAUAGAGGUGUUAAGGUCAUGCCUUUCUCAACUGCCUGCAACACCCCACUGUCCAACUUUGAGUCCCAUCAGAAUUACAAGGAUGUUCAAGACCCUUCAGUGACUGUGAGCUUCCCACUGGAAGAAGAUGCCAAUGUUUCUCUGGUUGCUUGGACCACUACUCCCUGGACCUUGCCCAGCAAUUUGGCCCUUUGUGUUAAUCCAGAACUGCAGUAUGUAAAAGUGAGAGAUAAUGCCACGGGGAAGUUUUAUGUUCUGAUGGAAUCCAGGCUGAUAGCACUGUACAAAUCUGACAGUGAAUAUGAGAUACUUGACAGGUUUCCUGGUAUUGCUCUUAAAGGCAAGAAAUAUAAACCACUCUUUGAAUAUUUUAUUCAGUGCAAAGAUAAAGGUGCCUUUUCUGUGGUGGUGGAUGGUUAUGUGAAGGAGGAGGAAGGCACAGGUGUUGUACAUCAGGCUCCUUAUUUUGGUGCUGAUGAUUACAGAGUCUGCAUGGAUUUUAAUAUCAUUCAGAAAGAUUCUGUGCCCGUGUGCCCUGUUGAUGCAUCUGGCUGCUUCACAGCAGAAGUGGCUGACUUUGCUGGGCAGUAUGUGAAGGUCAGUGGUCUUGGAGAAA